UCUGUCCUUAAUCUCCCCCACUCCAACUGUCGAGACCUCCAGGUUCAAGCAGGUUUUGAUCCAGACAGUUCCAGAAUGACUAUCAAAACUCCCUUUGAGGCUUACGGCCUACCAAGCCUCGACCAUACGGUCCCUCCCUGCUAUAUACGGAUUGCCCUAGUCUUUCCCGUGCCCAAGGUCUCUUCAGGAGUAGAGUACCUGCAAAGAGGCGCUGCCCUCUUAGCAUCUGAGUUCCCAUUUGUUACCGGCUAUGUCACACCUGUCCGGGACCCCAACGCCAGAAAGGGUGCUUUACAGAUUGAGCCGAUCGCCAGUUCUGACGAUGACCAUGCGAGUAUACUCAACGUGAAGCACCACUCUGCUUCUUGUCACUCGCAAUCAACCGUCGCUGAAGAGCAAUACCUGCCUCUUCCGUUUGCUCCCCAUCCGCAUAAGCCGGCCGCAAUCUUCCGUCUCCAGGCAAACGCGAUGUCAGACGGGGUCAUUCUGGGUGCUGUCUUUAACCACCAAGCUAUAGAUGGUACUGGGGCGGGAGCGCUACUACGCGACUUCGCAAGAUGCUGCAUGCUCGCGGCAGAAGGAACCGCCCCAAGCGCUGGGACAUUUGAGAUGGACCAUGAGUUACAAAUGGCCGGACGAGCGCUUUUAAGCUCAAAGGGCUUGGGUGCAUCUCUUCCGCGUCCCAACAUAGACCACAGCGCGGAGUUUCCGGUGGUGGCACCGCUGCCUGCGGACUGGGAGACCAUUACCUCUGCUCUAGAGCAAGCCGCAGAGUCGCUGAGAUUUCAGCGGUUUCUCCUCCCAGCCAAAGGCAUAGAGACGCUGACAAAUGCAUGCAAUGACUUGCUUCAGAGAUCGUACGAAUUGUCGGAAGACCAGCCGUGGGUAUCCAAAAAUGACGUGGUGGUAUCCCUUCUCUGGAUGUGCUUCACCCGUGCCAGGCGGGAUACAGCCAGCGCCACUCCUGGACAAAACGGUACCCCCUCCACGUCCGGGAUCUGCAUGGCAGUCAAUGUUCGGGGCAGGACUGCUCCGCCCAUUCCCGCGGCCUACGUAGGGAAUGCGUUUGUCAUGCUCCGCCAGAAUGUCAGUAUGGACGUCAUUCUAGGGGACCACGCCCCGUCUUCAGGAGAACGGUGCAUUCAGAAGCACUCGAGCACCGUACAAACUCUCUCCCACAUGGCAUACGCCAUUCGCCGGAAGCUCCAUUCCAUCGACGACACAUUCGUUCGGAGCGCCAUCUCCUAUCUCGAGGGAGUCUCGGAUCUUUCCGCCAUUGCGAUGGGUCAAAGCGAUUUCAACAUCAGCUGUCUCCAAGAUCUGAGUUUCUGCACAACUGAUUAUGGCGGUGAUCUGGGCGUGCCCGCUGAUAUCAGGAUGCCCAAGGGCAUGAUUGAUGGCCAAUUCUAUGUACUGCCGCGGAAAAGACAUCAUGGAGACGGAGACGCGUUCUGGGAGGUUGAGGCGACGCUGUGCCCAGAGUCUAUGGAACGACUGUGUGCCGAUGGGGUUCUGUCGUCGUACUCAUGCCGUGUCCCAAAGUAACUCUGGGGCUGAUAUCCUGCUGGCUUGUCCAUAGAUUCUGUUCGUUUUCUACUGUGGGCGGCGUAUGAAGUUGCUUAGUGCUCCGGUCCAACCAUUUCCUUGAAUUGCAUUGAUGAUAGGAUUAUUAUG